CAAGCUUAAGUUGACGGCUUGAGCUGACGGUCUCCAACGAUACCAGGACUCUUCAAAGGUCACGCUCUCCUGCUUCUGUUCUUUCUCUCUCUACGAAGUCUCGGGUGGAGUGUUUUAGCGGUCCUUCGCCGAGACAUACGGAUUGAGCUCUUCUGGGCAAUGGCGGUCUCAAAGAAGAGUUUUUGGCAUCUUUUUUUUCGUCCUAUGGAUCUCCCGUAGGAGGGGUGUUCUUUGGGAGCGGGAUUUAUGGCUUGUGAGUUUGUUAAUCUUGUGGUUUUGGGGGAGAACAAAAGAAAGUUGCGAUUUUUUAUGUGGGUUUAGCUGCGGAGUCUAGUAGUCUUGUGAUUUUGGGGAAAAAAUAGAAGAAAGUCGAGAUUUUGGAUGUAGUACUUCUCUUUCUCUGAGCUACGGUUUAGGAUUUGAGAUAUCAGAAGGUAGAGGGCCUUCUCGAGCUAGUUGAGGCUAGUGAGGAGAGAGGAGAAAGAGGGAUACGAGUCUUGUUUGGUGUCGUAGAGCUGUGGUUUAAUGUCUAAGAAGCUCUACAAGAAUUAGAAAUUUAAAUGACGGUGCAAUUGGAGGAAAUGCGGUCGCUGGCACUGACCCCUACGUGGUCGGUGGCCACCGUGCUGACGAUCUUUGUCGCUGUUUCUUUGCUGGUGGAAAGAUCCAUACAUCGACUAAGCAAUUGGUUGAGGAAAACCCAUAGAAACCCGCUUGUUGAAGCAUUGGAGAAAAUGAAAGAAGAACUGAUGCUACUAGGCUUUAUAUCACUGCUUUUGACGGCCACCUCAAGAACAAUUUCAAAUAUUUGCAUCGACUCAAAGUUCUACAAUGGUCAUUUUUCUCCAUGCACCAGAGAUGAGGUUGAGGAUAGCACAGAUGCUGAGAGUGACAGUCCCCAAGAUCGCAAGAGACUAAUGGCCUUUGUUCUUCACCAUUCAAUUAAGAGGGCACUGUCUGAACUCAAUCAGGAGACGUGUACAGAGGGUCAUGAACCAUUUGUUUCAUAUGAGGGUCUGGAACAGCUUCACCGGUUUAUUUUUGUUAUGGCCAUAACUCAUGUAUCCUACAGCUGCUUAACAAUGUUGCUGGCUAUUGUAAAGAUACAUACUUGGAGAAAAUGGGAAGAAGAGGCUUAUCGAGAACAACAUGAUUCUGAAAUCACCAGAACAUUGACAAUGAGAAGGCAGUCAUCAUUUGUAAAGUUUCAUACAUCAAGUUCUUGGAGCAGAAAUAACUUUGUUGUUUGGAUGACCUGUUUUCUCCGUCAGUUUGGACGAUCUGUUGUACGAGCUGACUACCUUACCCUUCGCAGGGGUUUUAUCUUGAACCACCAUCUUACACCAAGAUAUGAUUUUCAUGGCUAUAUGAUACGCUCCAUGGAAGAAGAGUUUAAGAGGAUCGUUGGUGUGAGUGCACCACUUUGGGGUUUUGUUGUUGCUUUCAUGUUAUUCAAUGUAAAUGGUUCUCAGCUUUAUUUCUGGAUAGCUAUCAUUCCUGUUGCUCUUGUGCUUCUGGUUGGUGCCAAGUUACAGCAUGUGAUUGCAACCUUGGCAUGGGAGAGUUCUAGCUUGAGUGGAUUUGGGGCUAGAUUAAAACUUCGAGAUGAUCUCUUCUGGUUUAAGAAGCCAGAACUCUUACUGUUUUUAAUCCAUUUCAUUCUUUUCCAGAAUGCAUUUGAGUUGGCUUCAUUCUUCUGGUUUUGGUGGCAAUUCGGAUACGAUUCAUGCUUUAUCAGGAACCAUUCGCUGCUAUAUGCACGCCUUAUCUUGGGGUUUGCCGGGCAGUUCCUCUGCAGUUACAGUACACUGCCCCUCUAUGCAUUGGUCACACAGAUGGGUUCAAACUACAAAGCUGCCCUUAUUCCGCAAAGAAUCAGGGAGACUAUCCAUGGAUGGGGAAAGGCAGCAAGGAAAAGGAGGAAGCACCGGCGUGGCAUUGAUGAUUCAACAAUUCAUACAGAAACGAGUACAGUGUGCUCUAUUGAAGAAGAUGAGGAGCUGCUUUACGAUCCCUCUGACAACUCUUAUGUAUGUAUUGAAUUGCAACCAACAUCUACUACAGCUACUACUGUCAUCGAUAGCAAUCACUCUCCAAUUGGUGAUGGACAUUCCAACUAUAGUGGUGAUGAAACACCUCUUCUCCAGUCCUCGGUUUCUGUUCCCUCGUCUCCAGCUUUUUCAGGCCUUAGAGGAAAUGGGAUUUCACGGUCAGCUUCUAUGCCAAUAUGGAGGGGAUGAGUAGAAUUCAGAGAUGUAUGUGUUUAUAUAUUAGAUAGGAUUACUUGUAACACUCUGUUAAACUUUAAUGCUCGGUUCUGCAUAUAGAGCGAGUUCUGAAGAGAUGAUAGGGGUACAGGAAUCCUUCAAUAGUUCUGAAUCCUGAGUUCUUUUUUUCCCUUGUCAUUUCUCAAGGUACAUGUAUAAAUUAAAUUAAAAACCAAAAAUGAAUCCUUAUAAAGGAAAAAAGGAAACAGAACAUGAACAACCUCUCACCUUUAA